GUAAAUGAAAAGCGGAAUUUUUUAUUUCAAAUCUAUUUCAUUUUGAAACUGUGUUGGAACCAAGCAUUUGGCGCCGUUUCGUAACAAUCUUCGCUUGCGCACACACGGUCAUUCCUUGGGUUAAUAAAAUCGUAGUCAUACGGUCUCGAUUUGUCCCAGUUUCAUCAUACAACAACCAAAUACGAUGGCCACCAUAUUACGAACUGUUUUAGCAGAAAAUGCUGUCUUUAAAACAGCACCAAAAGUUUUAGCUGCAGUAUGCCAAACCAGAAAUUUAAGUGUUCAUGAACAUAUUAGUUACACAAUUUUGAGAAAUGCCGGGAUUCAAGUUCCUAAUUUUGGGGUUGCUAAAACUAAAGAAGAGGCCAAACAAAUCGCUGAAAAAUUAAAUACCAAAGAUUUAGUGCUUAAAGCACAAGUUUUAGCAGGAGGUCGUGGUAAGGGUUCUUUUAAAAAUGGACUUAAAGGUGGUGUUCGCAUGGUUUACUCCCCUGAAGAAGCAGCUGACAUUUCUGGAAAAAUGCUUGGACAAUAUUUAGUCACCAAACAAACUGGUGAAAAAGGAAGAAUUUGCAAUGCUGUUAUGGUUACUGAAAGAAAGUUUCCCAGGAAAGAAUAUUAUUUUGCAAUUAUGAUGGAAAGGGCGUUUAAAGGUCCUGUAAUAAUUGCAUCAUCCCAGGGUGGUGUAAACAUAGAAGAAGUUGCCGCUGAAAAUCCUGAUGCCAUAACAUAUGAACCAAUCGAUAUUAUGGUUGGAAUAACAAAAGAACAAGCUCAAAAAGUGGUUAAAAAAGUGGGUCUUGAGAAACAAAUGGAUAAUACCGUACAACUUUUAAUGAACAUGUACAAAUUGUUCUGUGAAAAAGAUGCUCUUUUAAUCGAGAUUAACCCAUACGCAGAAGAUGCUGGUGAAAAAUACUACGCCCUUGACGCCAAAGUUCGUUUUGACGACAACGCAGAUUUCCGCCAAAAAGACGUUUUUGCGCUUCGCGAUUGGACACAAGAAGAUGAAAAAGAGGUCCAAGCGGCUAAAUUUAAUUUAAAUUACAUCUCUUUAGAUGGAAAUAUUGGGUGUUUAGUAAAUGGUGCUGGUUUAGCUAUGGCUACUAUGGAUAUUAUUUCUUUACAUGGAGGACAACCAGCUAAUUUCUUGGACGUUGGCGGUGGUGCUACAGCAACCGCUGUUAAGGAAGCUUUUAAAAUUAUUACCGCCGAUCCUAAAGUUUAUUCAAUCCUUGUAAAUAUUUUUGGUGGCAUUAUGAGGUGUGAUGUUAUUGCUGAAGGUAUUGUUGCUGCAGCAAAAGAUUUAAAAUUAAAAAUUCCAAUUAUUUGCCGCCUUCAAGGUACAAACGUGGAUGAUGCUAAAGUAAUUAUUGCAAGUUCAGGAAUGAAAAUUCUUCCUGUUGACAAUUUAGAUGAAGCUGCAAGACUCGCCGUGAAAUUAUCCAGUAUUGUUAGUUUAGCCAGAGAUGCUAAAUUAGACGUUAAUUUCGAAAUGCCUCUAUAAAUAAAUGCUUUUUAGCGUUUAAAUUAAAAAUUAUUAAUCAAUUAACAUAAAAAUAUCAGUAAUUCACCUUCCUAAGGUUUUAAUAAGACGUCGUAUUUAUUUUCAUUGAAAUUAUUAACUUUUUGUAUUUUUAAUUUAGGGAGAAAGUAAUUAUUAGAAUCUAUAAGAGAAGUUUUUUUAUUUUGUUCAAAACGUGUUUGAAAUUAUUAAAUUAUUUUGUUUUUAAUAAUAAUUGUAAAUAAGGAUAAGAGGAGGUUGUUAAUUACAGAUAAGUAUUGUGAAGAUUUAUUUCUUUAUGUGAAUGUUUAAAAUAAACUACCAUCAGGCUUAUUAUAUGGUAAUUAUUCUGUAUAUUUUAAUUUAAAUAAAUUAUAUCUCAAAUA